AUGGGGUCUGGUGCCAAGUCGUUCAGAGAACUGGUCGGGGUGCCACGCGACACGGCUUCACCACAGGACUCGACGCUGAUCAUCAUCGACGCACAGAAUGAGUAUGCAGAGGGCCACCUCAAAACCGUCAACGUGGACCAGACGCGCAAGGCGAUAGGGUCGCUGCUAGAGAAAUACCGAGCGGGCGGGGACGGCAAGAACAUCGUGCACAUUGCGCACAAGACACCGGACGGCGCACCGAUUUUCACGCCCGGGACGGUGCUGGCCGAGGAGUUCGACGAGGUGAAGCCUCGCGAGGGCGAGAAGGUGAUUUGGAAGGAAGCCGUGUCCAGUUUCGCCGGCACUGAUCUAAAAGAGUACUUGGGCGGGUUGGGCGACAAAGGCAAGAAGAUCCUGCUCACGGGCUACAUGGCUCAUGUGUGCGUGUCUAGCACCGCUCGUGGUGGUGCUGACCUGGGAUACACGGUCGUCCUGGCUGCUGAUGCAAUUGGAGACCGUGACAUCCCCGGCCUCACCGGCCCGGAAGUCACAGAUGCUGUGCUGAAGGAGUUGGGUGAUGCCUUUGGAACAGUGAUUCAGAGCUCCGAGGUCAAAUAG